AUGACGGAGUGGACCCUGCUCAAACGUCUCCUGGAUGCUGUCCACCAGCACUCCACCAUGAUUGGACGCCUGUGGCUCACCGUCAUGGUCAUCUUCCGGCUGCUCAUUGUCGCCGUGGCGACUGAGGAUGUGUACACCGACGAGCAGGAGAUGUUCGUGUGCAACACGCUGCAGCCGGGAUGCUCCACCGUCUGCUACGACGCGUUCGCACCCAUCUCGCAACCUCGUUUCUGGGUCUUCCACAUCAUCAGCGUCUCCACGCCGUCGCUCUGCUUCAUCAUCUACACCUGGCACAACCUGUCCAAGCUGCCCCACAACACCACCCAGAGGCAAGGGCAAGGACUGGGGGAUAUCCCAGAUGUGGGGCAAGGUGGAGGGCGGGAGGUGUACGAUCGGAGCUGCGAUUCAGACAGCUGCUCCAUCCGCUCACAUAAGCAUCUCGGUCACAGCCUGGCGGAUGUGCUGGAGGGCAUCAACAUCCAGAGCCUCCAGAGGGCAGCCCCCAACAACAUGGUGUCCUUGAGCCAUGCCCGAGAUUGCACCCUCAAGAAGGGGACGGCAGAGGGUCAUGUGGUCUCUGGAGGCGUUCUGUCGAAAUGUUACGUCUUCCAUGUGUGUUUACGGGCUGUCCUGGAGGUGGGCUUCGUCCUGGCCCAGUGGAAGCUGUUUGGCUUCCAGGUGCCCGUCCGUUUCCUCUGUACCUCGGCUCCCUGCAGCCAGCCGGUGGACUGCUACGUCUCCAGGCCCACGGAGAAGACCAUCUUCUUGCUCUUCAUGUUUUGCGUCGGGGUCUUCUGUAUCCUCCUCAACCUGCUGGAGCUCAACCACCUGGGCUGGAAGAAGAUCCGUCAGGUAGUGAGGCUCAGGGAGAGGGCGUCCUGGAGAGGUUGUCCAGGAAUGAGGGGGGGGUAUGAAACCUUCCCUCCAGACAGCCCCUCUCUCACAUCCUCUUUAGGCUUCAGAGAUGUGACCAGCACCACCUCCCUGCCCACUCUGGACCUGGUGGUGGGUCACCAGCCUGACUGGACCUGUGCUGUCAACUGCAGCAGGAUGAGGGGGCCUGAGGAGGUCAGAGGGACCAGAACAGAGCAACCAAAGAGACAGGACUCACAUAAAGGAGAGAGGCAGCCUCUGAAGAGUAAGAAGGCCAUCAGAGAGUCCAAACAGAGGAGUGCUGAGGUCUGGAUAUAG